GUCUUCUGUCUGAUGUUCCAAGAGGAAACCACAGUGCCCCAAAUGUAUUCGUCCUCCUGGGUUUUCCUGGCCAUCAGCAUCUGAAAAUGUCUUUGUUCGUGCUGUUUUUCAUCAUGUACAUCUUGGCACUCCUGGGAAACUUUUCCAUCAUGGUCUUAGUGAGAAGCCAGCCACAACUGCAUACCCCCAUGUACUAUUUCCUCUGCAACCUCUCCUUCCUCGAGAUCUGGUACACCACAGCUUGUGUCCCCAAAGCUCUGGCAGUCCUCCUGGGUGGAGACCCAACCAUUUCCUUUACCAAUUGCCUUCUACAGAUGUAUUUUGUUUUCUCUUUGGGCUGUACGGAGUUCUUUCUCCUGGCUGCCAUGGCAUAUGACCGUUGUUUGGCAAUCUGUUUCCCCUUACAUUAUAACUCUAUCAUGAAUCACACCCUUUUAACUCAACUUGCCUUUGGAUCAUGGUUUUGUGGUUUCUUCUCCUUAGCCAUACCUGCAUAUAUGAUUAGCACAUUGUUUUUCUGUGGCCCUAAUGUUAUUAAUCACUUUUUUUGUGACAUAGUUGCAUGGAUCGUCCUCUCCUGCACAGAUACCACCUUGCUUGAGUUAGUGGUCUUCAUAAUCGCAUUCAUAGUCAUCCUUGGCUCAUGCACAAUAACCCUGGUCUCCUAUAUUUACAUCAUCUCUACCAUACUGAGAAUCCCAUCAACUGUAGGCCAGCAAAGGGCCUUCUCCACUUGCUCUUCCCAUCUCACCGUACUGAUUAUUUGGUAUGGUUCCACCAUUUUUCUCCAUGUCAGACCUUCCAUAAGGGACUCAUCACUGGAUUUAAUGAAAACUGUUCAUGUACUUAACGCUAUUGUUACACCUUUGCUGAAUCCUGUCAUUUAUUCUCUAAGGAACCAAGAGGUGAAAAAGGCUUUGAAAAGAACACUGCAGUUCAGGUCCUGCGCUUGA